UUUAAAACUUACACAGAGAAGGAAAGAGCGACAAGAUAGUUCUUUUUGUUAUUUAUUUAUUUUGAUGGUCAUGCUCUAAAAUGGCUGCUGCAUCUAUGCACUCCAGUGUGUGGAUCCCAGAUAUCAGAAUGUCUAAACCAGUCGAUGACGAGAAGCCUGGGGCCGACUUCCCUAUUGAGAGCACAGACUCAGACGGAAGCAGUCCAGAGGCGAGUGACCAGGCCCGGUCAAUGAAAACAAGUCCCUUCUGUCUGUCCCCCAACUUAAGCAACACCAAGGCGAAAACAGAGGACGGGUCCGAGAUGCAUAGAGCCCAGGCCCCUGCCCCGACCCCCACGCAGCCCACCCUGCCCCACACACAGCUCAUGCUCGCGGGCAGCCAGCUGGCUGGGCUGGCUGCUCUCCUGCCUGCACAGCAGCAGCUCCUCCUGCAGCAGGCCCAGGCCCAGCUCCUGGCCGCGGCCGUGCAGCAGUCGCAUGCCCACCAUCAGCAGCAGCAGGCGCAGGCGCAGGCCCAGGCGCAGGCCCAGCAAGCUGCGCAGCAGCAACAGCAGCAGCAGCAGUCGCCUGCGCAGUCGCAGCUCAAAGCUGAGCAGGCUGCUCAGGCCCCGCCCCAGCUCACUCUCUCCCAGCCAAUCCAGCUCACUGCCCAGGACAUUCAGCAGCUGUUGCAGCUGCAGCAGCUGGUUCUGAUGCCAGGUCACCCCCUGCAGUCUACAGCCCAGUUCCUGCUUCCACAAGCCCAGGCCCAACAGGCUCAGCAGGGUCUGCUAUCGACACCAAAUUUGAUUCCACUACCUCAGCAAAGCCAAGGUGGUCUGCUGACCACCCCACCCAGGCUGGGGCUCCAAGCACAGAGGGAGAAGAGCAUGGAGACAGGGGGGGGCUCUGCGGGAGCCUCGUCCGGUGCCAUGACCUCCAUGCCCCAGCAGUCGCACCCUGAGGAGCCCAGCGACCUGGAGGAGCUGGAGCAGUUCGCCCGCACCUUCAAGCAGCGCCGCAUCAAACUGGGCUUCACACAGGGCGACGUGGGAAUGGCCAUGGGCAAGCUAUACGGGAAUGACUUCAGCCAGACAACCAUCUCCCGCUUCGAGGCACUCAACCUCAGCUUCAAGAACAUGUGCAAACUCAAGCCCCUGCUGGAAAAGUGGCUGAGCGAUGCAGAAACCAUGGCGAUAGACAGCAUGCUGCCCAGCCCCAGCUCCCUGUCCUCCCCCGUGAUGGGCUUCGAGGGGUUGCCGGGGCGACGCCGGAAGAAACGCACCAGCAUCGAGACCAACGUCCGCGUGGCCUUAGAGCGCAACUUCAUCGCGAACCAGAAGCCUACCUCAGAGGAGAUCAUGCAGCUAGCCGAGCAGCUGAACAUGGAGAAGGAGGUGAUCCGCGUCUGGUUCUGCAACCGCCGCCAGAAGGAGAAGCGCAUCAACCCCUCCAGCGCCACCCCUCCCCUGCCCAGUCAGCCGGCCCCAGCCUCGCACAAACCCCCCUGCUACAGCCCCCACAUGAUGUCCAGUCAAGGGCUGCCCCAGGCUGCCACAAGCCUCAGCACAACAGCCGCCAGCUCUUCUCCUUCAGUGGCCUGCCCCAUCAACCCCGGUGGCAAUGUUAUCAUGAGCUCCGCCCCCAGCUCUGUGACCCCGCCUCCACACAGCUCUAGCCCCUCCCCCCGCCUGAGCAGCCCAGGCCUCAGCACAGGCGCUGGCUGCCAGUGGUGGUCAGAUGUCCCUUUCUGCUCUUGAGGGUGGCCAAAUGCUGCUGGGUGGAGCUGGAGGCCACGGUGGCGGUCUCCGCACCUCCCUCUUCCUCAACCGCCCCACCCUGCUGCCGAUGCCCGCUGGCGCCGGCCUGGGAUUGGUCAGCGCUGGC